GCCACUAAGACCGCCCCGCGGACACCCGAUGACAUCAACAUGAGACCUCAUCACCCCCCCCCCCCCCUCGCGUGCUAGGUACCCGAGAGCUGAUCAUGGCGGCCUUUCGAUCCAACGAAGCAUCCCGCCGGCACUCACACGCAGGGGAUUAGCAUCGCUGUCGUCAAUUAGGUAGGCAAAGGUAAACUCACAUCCCCUUUUUAUUCCAGUCACCUUUUUGAACACCCAACCACACCGACGACACCAACAGAACCAUACUCAACCACCUGGAAAAUCUCGAGACUCUCAAAGACUAAACAAUGCCCUCCCCAAUCCCAAAACCGUACGCCAUCCUCUUCACCCUCCUCGACCCCCUCAUCGCCCUCUGGGGCGCGUCCCUCUUCCUCCUCGCCCCGGCCACGGUAACCUCCUCAUACCUCCCGGCAACCCCCGUCCCCGCCGCUGCCUUCGACCCAGCGACCUGCCAUCCCGCCGCCGCUGCCGCUGCCGCCACGGCACCCUCAGAGUCCUACUCCCUGCCCCUCCACGCCCAGAUCGCAGGCCACCUCCUCUCCAACGCCGUUCUCUCCCUCCUCCUCCCGCGCGCCGCACCCGACAACCUCGCCGUCUGGCGCCUCUACCAGCUCUCCCUCCUCCUCGUCGACCUCUUCCUCCUCUACGGCACUUUCGCGUCCUACGCUCUCCAGGGCCGGCUGAACCCCUUGACAACGUGGCGUGUUGAGGACUGGGGUGCCGUCGGCAUUACCUCGUUGGCGACGUUGGCGAGGACGGCCUUCCUGUCUGGCGUGGGGUUCCCAAAGCAGUGGAACGAGAGGGUGAAGAGGGCUUGAUAUUGAUGGGAUAGGGGGCGACCGGGGUUUGCGGAACAGCGCCAUGAUCUUUUUAUUCCAUAGUCAAAAUUGAACAGGGUAUCGCCUUAUCCAGUCUAUCCUCCCGCCCGCCAUGUCUCCCCCAAAUUCAACCGAUACCCUGCUGUUUCUUCAGAUAAUCCCAUGUAGUGGACGUUGCAGAUCCUGCCGCGCCUCUCUCGUUGCUUCCAUUGCUGCUUCCAUUGCUAUUUCCUUGUUCCCAAGCAGACGAUUCCGUUCACGCCAGCCCCAUCGUGUAAAGCAUCACUCGUUAAACAUCGCAGACCCUCG